UUUUUUUUAAGUAAAAUGUCGAGUGUCAGUGUCGUGUCUAAUUCAUCGGUGGAGGUUGACAGUGAGCUGUCCAACAAUUCGUGUGUUAAGGAUAAGGAAAUCGGUGAUGUGGAAAUCGGCGGUGAGGGAGAACCUGAAGAAGAGCGGGAGCAGAAAUUUAUGCUGCCUAAUGACCUGUACAAAAGUUUGCUCGCGAGCGCGGUCCUGGGGAAGAGUGUGCUCACCAACACUAAUGGUUACAAUAAUUUGAACUUUAAGGAUAAUUUUGCUAACUUUAAAGAUAAUUUUAGUGCGGCCAUUGGGAAUAUUAAGGAGGCAAAGGAUCUUAAGGAGCUCAGUAUUAGCAGUGUGCCGGCUUUUCCGAGGAAUUUAGCGCUACAUCGGGAUGAUAGUGACGAGAAAGCUUCUUUCGCGUGGUCAGAUGCCGCGGACGAUGGAGGAGGGGGUGGAGGAACUGUGGGGAACAAUGGGACUGCGACGGGGAACGGUAACACCGGAACAGGAACCGGUGCCUCAGGAGGUGGUGGAGGGGGACUGGCCCACUGGGUCAGUGUCAUGGCUGAGCAUAUUCACAACCCCCAUUCCACGACCGGAGUCGGUGGUGUCCACCAUCAGCAGCAGUCGCCUUCUCAACCACCCUAUCCUUGGAACAAUGGACUUUCUAGUGACCAAUGCAAUCCCCACGAGAAAGACACGGAUUAUUGGGGCACUGGACGAGGCGCAAAACAAGGCUACGAGCAUUUUUUGUUGCAGGCCAAGAUGAAUGCCGAUCAUAACCAGUUACAAAAAGGAGACGAGCAAUACCGCGCCGGUGGAAGCAGCAGCGGAAGUCCUCCAGCAAGUCUCCUAGUUGUGCCACAACCCUUGACAGUUAAACCCUCACAUCCGUCGCAUCUUAAUCCUCAUCUAGGGGGUCCUCAUCCACCCAGAAAGUAUCAGUGUAAAAUGUGUCCACAGAUAUUUGGUAGCAAAGCCGAUCUCCAAUUACAUACACAAAUCCACAUGAGAGAAGCAAAGCCCUACAAAUGCACCCAAUGCUCAAAAGCAUUUGCGAAUUCGUCAUAUUUGUCACAGCACACGCGGAUACAUUUAGGAAUAAAACCGUACCGUUGUGAAAUAUGCCAGCGUAAAUUUACCCAAUUGAGUCAUUUACAGCAGCAUAUACGGACUCAUACAGGUGACAAACCCUACAAAUGCCGGCAUCCUGGGUGCACCAAAGCAUUCAGUCAGUUGAGUAAUCUACAGAGCCACUCGCGUUGUCAUCAAACCGACAAGCCCUAUAAGUGCAAUUCGUGCUACAAGUGUUUCUCCGACGAGCCAAGUCUUCUGGAGCAUAUACCAAAGCACAAAGAAUCAAAGCAUCUCAAGACCCACAUUUGCCAGUACUGCGGCAAGAGCUACACCCAGGAAACGUAUCUGGCAAAGCACAUGCAGAAACACGCCGAAAGAACGGACAAAAGACCUCCAAUAAUUGGAACAGGAUUGAGGCCGUCGAUCCACGCCGCAAUGGCAGCAGCUGCCCAACAUCAUCAGGAUGCUGCAGCACAUCAUUACUGGCCGAAGGUCAGCCCCGAUUCCGUGAUCAGUGAAUUGCACGACCGGUUACCUCACCAUCACCAUCAUACAGACUAUCACCAGAACCCUAACGGGCCGACUGAUAUGCUUCUACAACAUGGCGGUGCGACUGGAAAUGGCGGCGGCGCAGGCGCAACAGGACAUCGAGACCUCGAGAACGACUCGAGGCAACAGACGCCUCAACCGCCUGGCGUUGGAGGUGGUGGAGGAGGCAACCAUCAUCCGAAUAGCAGUAGUGCUUUCACGCCAAUUUCUUCGAUAUCCAUAAACUCUAUUUCGUCAAUGCACAAUCCAUUAAAUCCUCUGAAUCAUCUUCACUAUCCUGGCAGCCAUCAUCCAGCUUCAAGACCGUACUUGUACGAAGCUUUCAAUACGCAAAAAGCUUCACCAACUUCCUCCGCGGUGACUCCCGGUACUAAUAACAAUCAGAACACGACGUCGUUCCCUAAUCAACUGAUCAGCUUGCAUCAGAUCAGGAACUACGCGCAUCAACCUAACCUAGGUAAUUUGGGAAAUUUGGGCAAUCUUAGUAAUCUCAGUAAUUUGGGGAAUAUUAGUGCGUCCAUGGAAGGACACUCUUUACUUGGGCUUAAGGAUAAACAGUAAAUUAUUUAAUUGUUUAGAAGUUUUUAAUUGUUAUUGUUAUCGACCGAUUAUUAUUUCGAUUCAUUUUACGGAAUAAUUACUGUUUUUACGAAUAUCUCGAUAUAAAAAGUCGGUGGUUUGACAAGAACCACACUAUUUCUGGCUGUAAAAAUAUGAUUCAAAUUUGGUCAAGAUUCACUAACUGUUUUUGCUUACACUAAAAAUUGUAUGAUUUGGCAAAAAAUUAGGAAAUAUAAAAUAAAAUUUUCGAUCUAGAAAAAAUAUUGCAAAAAUCAUAAAAAUUCUCUAAAAGAAUUACCAAAAAAUCAAUUAAUAUUUUUUUGUAGCUCGCUUUAUUUCCUAUGAAAAAGUAUUGAUUGAUUUUUUUUGUAAAAUUUCUGGAAAAUUAUGGCGAGACACAAAAAUUGAAAAUUUAUCUUUUAGUUUUAUUGUUUCUUUGAUAUUUUUAUUUAUUUCUUAAAAAAAUGAAAAUAUAAAAAAAAACUUAGUUUUUUGUAAAGUGUAAAAUUUUCUAAAAUAAAAACGUUUUGUUGUAAAAUUAACGUGUGAUCAACGGAGUAAAAACCAGUAAUCAAAAAAUUCUUUAAAUUUUAACGCGUGUAUAAAAGAUGUUGAUAACUGAAAAGAAUAAUAAGAAUAACAAUAAUAAUAAUUAAAAAAAAAAAAAAAAAACUAAAAAGACAGAUGACACAAAAAUGAGCGUACACUCAUGAGGGCACAAAUCGCUUUCUUUUUGUUUUUGUAAUGACAAAAUAAACGAGCGAGGAAACAGAGACAGAGAUAGGGA